AUGGCAAAGCAGAAAUGAGAGAUCUGACACGAGACUUCAUGGAAACCAAUCCUAGUGUUGUGAACGGCCACCAAGUCUUUGAAGGAGACAUGGUCUUGACGGAGAGCCAGUGGCGAGCGGUCAGGGAGAGGAAGGCCCUUGCAGACCUCUCAGCGCGCUGGCCUGAACAGGGCGGCUUCCCCAUCGUGCCCUACUACCUCGACACUACCGACUCCGUCACUGUGGCUGCCAUAAAUGCAGCGAUUGCUCACUGGGAGCAAAACACCUGCAUCAGAUUCCAGCUCACGUCCAACCUCGCUCAACGGCACGUCAGGUUUUUUGAAGGGUCUGGAUGCUGGUCGUAUGUCGGCAUGUUGGCCCAGAAUGGACAAGACAUUUCCAUUGGAAGUGGCUGCAAAGAACUCGGCAUUGUCGCCCAUGAGAUCGGACACGCCAUUGGGUUCGUGCACGAGCAGAGUCGCCCGGACCGUGACGACUAUGUGGUCAUCAAUUAUGGCAACAUCCAAACUGGCAGGGAAAACAACUUCAAUAAGUACAGCACGUCAGUGGUCAACACCUACGGCAUACCAUACGACAUGCACUACGGCUCUACGGGCUUCACCAACAACGGCAAGACGACCAUCGCCACCCUAUAUCCCUUGGCGCAGGAGCUCAUCGGCCAGCGCACGGGACUCUCUCACAGGGACAUACUAUUGGCCAACACCAUGUACGGCUGCAUCAAUAAGUGGCUUGCUGCUUGCGGAGUGAACGCCGACCUCUGCCAGAACGGCGGGUUUUAUGGAAAAAGCUGCGCUUGUGUGUGUCCCUCGGGCACCUCAGGGGCCAACUGUCAGACAGUGACAGGAGACUACUACGACGACUUGACGAAUCCCUGCACUGAGAAAGUAACUCAGGAAGGCCUCCUCACCUCGCCGGGCUAUCCAAGCAACUACCCAAAUAGUGAGUGA